CAAAAACAAACAAUAAACAAGCAUUAUUCUGUCCGCAGAGAUUUACGGCAAGAACAAUUUGGAAAACUCAAAGUUGUGGAGGUGGGAUUAAUCAAUGAGGUCUGAAAUACUAGCGGUUCAAAUUUUUCUUCCUUUUUCUGAUCGUGAAACUGUUCCCACUGUUUUUUCCGAGCUAAAUCCAUGCCUCCCAAACCCUAGCUUCAAGUCAAUCAACAGUCUGCCUCUCAGUUCCCUCCGGCGCAAUACAGGUACGUAUCCCACUCUGUUUUUUAACAAGCUGGUUGAAGGAAAUCGAUUUCCUAUUUGGUGGGAUUGUAGGCUUUGUAGCCAGCAGCAGGAUGAAGCAACUAUGCCAACCCAGUACCGAUAGAAUUAGCAACCUUCCUCCGAAUGUGAUGGAGCGCAUUCUCACGUUCUUGCCCAUAAAAGAAGCCGGCAGAACAAGCAUCUUGUCAACGAAAUGGAGGUUUUCCUGGAGGAACAUUCCUCGACUUGUGUUUGAUGGUGAUUUUGCUUCAGUGAGUUCUGGAAAAUACCAGUACGUCUUAUUUAAGAUAGUUACCGACAUUCUCGAGGCUCUGAAGCUUCAUGAUGGGCCAAUAACCGAGUUUGUCCUUGCAAUACCUGGACUACAAACAUCUGCCAGGGUUGAUCUUUUAAUCAGACACCUUAACAAGAAAGGUGUGAAGAAACUUGACCUGCAUUUCUAUGACCACAACCCUUUCCAUGGAAAUGUCAAUGCUUCCUUGUUUCAUGCUAUUCAACUGACUUGUCUGAAACUCCGGGGUUGUAGACUGCCAGAAGCAGGGUUAAAAGUAUUUACUAGCCUGACCGUGCUUGAACUAAGCACGGCGGCGGUGCCCUUUGAUUUCUUUCACACUUUCCUGCCCAAAAAGUGUCCAUUCCUUCAAGAGCUGAGGGUUUCCGACUGUUUGGUCCCUCCGAAGCUUCGACUAGUUGCUCCAUAUCUCAAAAACGUUUCUCCUUUCUGGGUAUUUUGAGAGCAUCCGUUUCGAGUCUGCUCCACUUCUUUCAGUAGUUUCAAUUCAACUAGAUGAUGUGAUCGAAGACGAGGUUGAGAAGCCUAGUAUGGUUGCUAUGUGUGCUUCUCUUCCAGCACUCCAGCAACUUUGUGUUAGCUUUGAGUUCCUGGAGGUAAAUCUGCUUCCUUAUGUUGGUCCUACUUGCAAUUUUGCAAACACCAGUUUAAUCUCUCUACUCAUUCCUGUGUGUGGUGCCCUUCUCAAGUUACUUGCUGAAGGAUCAGUCCCCUACAGGCUUCCAGCCGUUCUUCACCACUUGAGAGUCGUUGAAGUGGGCUCAUGUUCUUUUCCCCAUUACGAUGGUUUGCUCGUGGAGAUUGUUCUCUUCUGCCUAAUCAGGAGUUCCCCAAACUUGCAUACACUAACUAUGCAGAUGGAAGCUCAAGGACAGGCACCUGCUAUUCCGAGGCAAGAAGUGUUAUCGGUGUCUGCUGAAUCAGAGGGCUACCCUGAAAAUGAAGAUGGUUGUUUCCAAUGUCUUCGAGAGGUGAGGAUCCUCGGCAGCCAUGGCUCACAGCUUGAACUAGACGUGUUGAAAUUUGUGUUAGCCAAAGCAGCGUUACUCCGCAGGGUUGUCAUUAAGCCUUCAGAUGAACUGGGCUGUGAAUUGGGUCUUAGGUUUUUGAAGGAGGUGACACAAUAUAGGCGAGUAUCAAAAGAUGCAGAAGUAAUAUAUGUAGUUUGAUAAGACAAUCUGGAGGAUUGCCUGAAGGUUGGCAAUUUUGUUGUAGCAUUUUGUAUUGCCACGCCCUCUUGUUGGGGAAAACUAUGCCCUGCUUUGCUGUUGUUUGUAAAGUUAAUCUGUUGCCUUGCUUUCACAUUGCAACGACAGACUCUUCUGCUUGCC